AUGAAGAUACUCCAGUCAGGGCUAUCACAGCUUCUGAAAAGCCUAAUAUCUAUACGAGGACCCGAUGCCACCAAGUUUCUCAAUGGGUUGCUAACAUCAAGAUUACUCCCCAAUGUUGUCAAAAAGAAGCAACACACCAUAAGUUCAGCUGAAUUUAAACAUGCCAAUCUUGAAGCUAUAAUUGAUCCAGUAACAAACUAUGGAUUAAUGCAUGAAGAUAUCUAUGAUCCUGACUACAAUAUCUUUGUUACGCGAGAAGGAAUCAAUUCGAUGAUUUUGAAUUCAAAGGGAAGAGUAGUCACUGACUGUUUUUUGUAUUGUGAUCCAUUCCAUAAUUUUAAAGGUCAGUUUGAGGAGGAGAUUCAGUCUCCUCGGUAUUUAUUAGAGGUUGAUGAAGUCAAAGUGAACAAGUUAAUGAUGAUGUUGAAGCUACACAAGUUGAGUGCCAAAGUUGACAUCAAACUGGAGCCAUCAUUGUUUUCAUAUUACUAUUAUAAUGACACGGUUGAAUUUGAUUCAUGGUUGGAAAUGGCCCAACAACAAUACUUCCGUACCCUUGAUCCUGUGAAUGCAUUACAAAGCGCCAAUUCAUUUAUCCAGAAUGAUGUGGUAUUUAAUCAGCAAUUUGCAUCACGCAUUUUGGGGUUUGCUGUUGAUAAUCGAAUACCUAAUUUUGGAUUCAAGUUUGUAACUGAUGCCCAAAUAGACACUACUAAUGCCGAAACUUCAGUGCCAGAAGUUUUUUCCACCCAAUUUACUCAACAGUUUGAAACACAAAUAAUAUCAGAGUCCUCCGUAACUGGUCGUCGAUUCCAAAAUGGUGUAUUUGAAACUACCGAUGCACCCGAUGGCGAAUCUCUACUACCAUUUGAGUGUAAUCUAGAUUAUACGAAUGGACUCUCGCUAGACAAGGGUUGUUAUGUUGGACAGGAAUUGACUAUACGAACUUACAACAAUGGUAUAAUCAGGAAAAGGAUAUAUCCAGUGCAAUUUUUCACACUCGAUGAAGCGACAGUAAAGACAAUUAAACAAGCUCAAGAUGACGACGAUGUGGAAGUUGCAUUGGCAUCGUGUACCAGUCUUGAUCAAAUACCAUCUUCGUCAUUGAGCAAAUUAGAAAUGGCACCAAUGUUUGAAGAAGCCGAGCCAGAGGAAAGCACAACUAGUGUAGCUGCAGCCUCGCCGUUUGGAUCUUCGUCUAAACCGGUACGUAAACGGAAAAGCUCCAGUGGUAAAGUGUUGGCAGUUAGAGGAGAUGUGGGACUUUGUUUAUUAAGUAUGGCCGACGUGGCAAAAUCGCCAUUUUAUAAAAUCGAAAUGCCUUCUUUUGAAGAUGGUAAAAAGGUUAUUGGUGCAAGGGCAGUCAUUCCUGACUGGUGGCCAGAGUAG